ACAGACAAUACUGUCUUUGUAAAGAAAGAUUAAUGAGCACUCUUGUUCAAACAAAGGAGAGCUGGGACUUGUUACAAGUCAAAUAAAAGCCGCAUCACUGAGACAGGUUGUGUGUGUAUGCAUGCUCCCAAGUUGGAGGAUAUCAGCACAGAGGUCCACAAGCUGAGUCGCUGUCUGUCUCAGUCCUUGUUAUCGUUCUCGGGAUCCAGCCAGACGGACAUGGACAUGGCAGAGGAAGCAAAUGUUACAAAGGUCGAUGGAUCACUGCGUUUUGCCAUCUACCAUGACCAGCUGCAGUCCUGUUUGGUGAUCACCAUCUUGCAGGUGGAAGGGCUUGUGAAGAACACCCAGGCCCACAGCCUCCAGCCAUUUGUCAAGAUACGACUCAUGUGGGCAGGAUCACAGGGAGUGGAAAGCUCUACGGAUGAGGAGGAUGAAGGGACACCCCCUGCUCUGUGGACAGUGCUGCAAGAGUGGCAGACUCGUACUGUGAAAGGCAGCUGUAACCCUUUGUUUGGAGACCAGUUCAGCUGUAUUCUGCAAGACGACUGGGCCCUUCAUCAGAUCAUUCUCAGGCUAGAGGUAAAAGACUUUGAUAAAUUCUCCAGGCAUGAAGUACUAGGAGAGGUGAGGGUUGCUCUAGGGCAGCUCAACAUCUCCUACCCUCUGGAGCUACAUGAGGACCUGCAGAUACCUCAGAAGGAUCUUGUAGGAGAGGUGCUUCUUUCACUGAGGUUACUCCCCACAUCUCAGAGGCUUGAGGUUGGUCUGCUGAAGGUCAGAACAGCCAUCACUGAAAUAAGCUCUGAUGCAGCCCUGCAUGCCAGGAUCAGUGUGCAGUGCAACCAGUGUAAAUUGAGGUACCAAAAAACCUCUGCAGUGGCCCGGUGCCUGGUGACUGUCUUCAAUGAGGUCCUUGUGUUCUCCUUACCAGAGUAUCCUCUGGAGCAGUGUAAAAUUCUGGUUUCUGUGUAUGAGACUCACACAAGUAGGAAAUCAACCAAAUAUAUGAUUGGACAGUUGACUGUGGGGAAGGAGAAGAGUUCAGAAGACAAACACUGGAGCUUGAUGAUGCGUUCAAUUCGCCAGCCAAUAGCAAAGUGGCACAGCCUGCUGAUCUGAGUAUCUCCCUGCUCCUGCACUCCUUGGCUGUCUGUACCUGCUUAUAUUUAGCUGAAUACUGUGUUUGUGUAUCAGGGUAUUGAGGGAUCUAUACCUGCUUAACUGCAGGCCAAACAUGGGCUCCUCUCUGUCCUCGGUCAGACCCUCCUCCUCCUCCAAUCAGGGCAGUGGAAUGACUGCCUGAGUGAAACCUGAAGUUACUCAGUCUACUUGCUCACUCCAUCACACCUAUCUCUGUUAUUAGCUCCAAAUCUCAUCACACUGAAAGAGCUACUAGGAUCUGAUAUUUGCAUUUGUUUCUGAAAAAGACCAUGUUAGUGUUCCACUUAGCAUAUUUACUCAGUGUUUAACUAUUGUUUGUUACUGUUAUAUUUAUCUUUGAGGUGUUUUUUUUGUGCUUGUUUUAAAGUCUCCAUUUUGCAUUAUUAACUCUUUAUAUUGUAACGUCCAUGUGCAGUAAAUUCAGCAGUAUGAGAUAAAGCAGUGAUACCAGCAAGGAAAACAUGGAGGAAAAUGUGAUGUUACAGUGGGCCAACUGGAGGCAAUAGGCUAUGGUCAUAUAACUAGAAUAAAAUAAGAAGCUACUGAAACUUUAGAUAAAAAUUUCAAUUAUUAAGGAAAGACUAAGAAUAUACAAUACAUUAGCACCAUUUUGAGGGUCUUAUUCAUUGAGUAUAUUUUUCUUGAUAAAUUGAAAGAGCAUGAAGCAGCCACUCAUCUUUGUCUGAUGGUGAAGAAACUAUUGUGAACAUGUUGCCACAUAACGUAAAUAUUCCGUUGGAGAGGAGUUACACCUAAAGUCACAUCUUUAGUUAUAAUCAUGGGAAAUAUUUAACAGUGUAUAGAUUAUUUUUUAAUA